CAUUGACGUUUAAUUGUGACAUUUUUGAGAUAUUCAACAUUGCUCAUUGUUAAUAAAAUAAUUAUUUUAUAAUAUUCCGUAUUUUAAAUAGCAGAAUGAAGAUAACAGUAAAAUGUUUAAAGGGUGGAAGUAGUUUAGUGGACGUUAGUGAAAAUACCACAGUUUUAGAACUUAAAAAGAUUGUUGAAAGGGACUUGAAAAUUCCAGUAUUUCAACAAACACUAAUAUUGAAUGGAAAGUGUCUUCAAGAUGACAAAUGCUUGGUCACAUAUCCAAAAAUAAAAGAUGGAACUAAGCUGUACGUUGCAAUAAAAAAACCUGAAUCUUUCGGUACCACACUUCAUAUAUUUUUAAGAAAACACUAUUCGGAAGAACAGUGCAAAGUUAUUGUUGAUGAAUUUAUGAGAAACUUUCACUCUAAAGUCGAAAACCUGAGUUUAGAUGAUCUAGAGAGGAUAGCAAAGUCAGAAAUAGACAGUUUAACAACAUAAGUUUUAUAGUUUUGGUGUAUCUAUAUCUUUACUGAUGUAAUAUAUUUAUAGUAUAAUUAUUUUUAACUUGUUUUUGUGUUUAUAUUAAAACUAUUAAAUUCCAUUCACCAAUUA